AUUAUAAAUAUCAUGAAAAAAUAACGAGAUAUAAAGAUAUUUUAAAUAAAUUAUAUAUUAAUGAGGGGAAAUUCGAUUUUAAUAAGUCGCAACAUUAAGCCAGGGUUUUAAGAAAAAUGGCCGACUCACGUAACGUCAAAACUUAUUGGGCGAGUGUCUUCGAAAACGUGUGAUUUUUAUCGAAAACGAAGCGAAAUUUAUAUAUCCAGUGUAUGUGACGUGAUUGAGUGCUUGUGUUUUUGUGUUAUUUCAUAAUAUCAAGAUAUUCGUUACACGGUGGACGACGGAACCUACCAAUUGUACACUCGGGUCUGAUGCACAAUGUGAGGGUGGUGGCAUGUGGGGCGCGCAGGCGGGGUGGUGGUGCGGCGCGCUGGCGGCCGCGCUGCUGGCGCUGCUCGCGCUCUGCCGCCGCGCCAAGCGAGCGCCCUCGCCCGUGCCCCAAACGACAGUCACCCAGGUGCACAUAGUGUGUAAUGGAGCGGCACGCGUGACACGUGCUGGGACUCCGCCGGAACCCACACGCGCUCGCGUCGCGCUGGCCGCUGCGCCCGCGCCUGAACCCCCCGUCAACUCCCAACGACCGCCACGUGAUUCACAGCAACCGCCUCACAUACUUAUCGUACAAAACUGCACACAAAAUACUAUUCCUCAGCAAUCUGACUCACCCCAACCCUCGAGCUCUCAAGGUCCUCGGCAACCACCAUUAGAAUAUCGUGGAAUACCGAAGUUACCCUUGCCGGAGCAGUGGCUUCAUAAACGCCCCUUCGAUUACAAGUAUUCGGCGAUUGCGAGACCGUUUGCCCAUAUAGUGAACUCGGAUCUCAUGGUCGAUCAGCAGAGGGAAUCGCGGGCGAAGAAGUACAGCGCCACAAGAUCUCCGUCGUUGGAAAAAGACGAGAAAUCACCCUUUGUGAGUAGUGCGAAAUCAGAAGACACGGAAGUUUUUGGAUUUGACAGCGAAUCUGUGCGUAAGUUGAGCGAAGACAGCGAUAAAUCUAGAGAAAUGGGAGAACGACCGCCCUCUUCGCCGCACGAGAGCAAGAAAGAGCUGUCUCCGACAAAUUUGCGUAGAUUUCGAUCAGUGAGCACGAGGCUCAAUAUGUGUAGUGUUAAUGAGAGCCCUCUGCCAGACGGCCAACAGGAGAGGUUAGAAAUGCAAAGUUCUCCUCGUAUACUCGAGUGUAGUUCAGCUAAGGAGAAGACCUCAGGAACUAAAUUCGAUUUUUCUCCGAAAAUUUUAGCUGAUACCAUUGCCUCUCCGCGUUUUUUCACACCACCCGAAAUGGUAUCGCCCUUAUUUUUCGCGGAACCCUCCCCAAAGUCUGUUUAUUAUGAUAGUGUGAGGUCACCGAAAUUCUUCCCCGAAACGCCUCGCGAUGCAGAAGUUCCUCAGUCGCAACGUGCGUUAGGUGACCACAGAAACCGUACAAAUGGUAUAGAAAAACCCAGCUCGCCUAGAGUUUUAAGUGCUCGACCUAGCCCUAAGGUUCAUAGUUAUAAUAAAGAAAAUUACUUCACAUUCGAACACGUCACUGCAACAGAAGAGAAUGCAGCGAGAGUGUCACCAAGACCGAAACGGUAUGGAGGAAGGAAUUCGAUAGAAAGAGAAAUAUUUACACCACCAGCUGAUAAGGCUGACAUUAAAAAGUACAGAAGGCACAAUAGUUGUGAUACGAACUAUAGAAGCGUAGAGGUGAAUAUUUCCAAAUGCGACGAUAUCAAGGAAACGGCUGAUGCUGGAACUAAAAUGGAAACAACAGACAGAGAUGUAGUAGAUUGCUGUGCCAAAAUAGAAUCUUUGCAAGUUGAUAAAACGGCUAGUGAGAAACACGAACUAACUCCGAUUUCGAAUUCAGCGCAAGUGAGACGACAGAGAUUAAAAUCGAUAUCUCUAGAUUCCGAUAAUGCAAAAAUAAUCGAACAGAAUUUAGGUUUACCAAUAGCCAAACAGAUGAAAGAUCAGAUGAACGAAGCGUACAAAAAUCAAGAAGGGAGUGCGUCCUGUGAAAGUAUAGAGCGGUAUCAGAAGUCACCUUCGAAAGAACGACCAGUAUUUAAGUUUGAUGUCGAACAGAAAGAAAAAGUCGAAAGUGACCCGAAGUCACCUGAUCGCAAGCAGAAGAAAUGUCUCCGUCAAAGUUGUGACACUCAGUCUUUCUUAGAUAUGCCCAGGUUUUCGCCCAAGGAAUUCGAAAUAACCGUUACAUCCGAGGAAGGUGCAACGACAUCCGCUGAAACUCAAACGAAACGAAAAGGCAAGAAUUUGCGAAACUUAACAAUCGAUUUGUCGAAACGCGAUAGCGAUCUGGAAAAGGAGCUGUUGGAAUUCGAGAAGCUCUACACAAAUGCUGAAGAGAAGAAGGUAAAAACGCCAACAUUAAAAGUCAAAGCGACAUCAUUGGAUUCUUCCGAAACCGUUAAUCUUUCUCUACCUCAGAAGAAGACUUUGGAAGUUCCUCAAAAUUCUAUUUCAGUUCCCAAUACUCCUAAACGUCAGUUAAAACGUAUACUUGCUCAAAAGAACGUAAAACACGAUUUGUCGGGUGGUAAAGUUGGAUAUAACUCCAUACAAACUAACGCCGACCAGCGCAGGUUGUUUAUGAAGGGGCAGGAUAGUGGUAUAUUUCUAAGGGAAAACCAUGCGAGCCUCAUGCUAUAUCAACCUGGUACAUCUAGAAUGGGCUCCCGCACAAUGGGUUCGUUUGACGAGAAUAUGACAGAUAAUGCCCCGGAAAUAAAUGUGUCAACCGUCGAUAAUAGACCUGGUUUCCACUUGGAUUCGGGCCAAACUCUAGGUUCUAAUCUAUUAAAUUAUAAACAAAAUUUAAGCGUUUCAAGUACAAAUUUGAAAACCCUUCCCGAGGGUGUACCGUCUGAUGAUUUCGAACCGAGUGCGGAAGACGAGAAACUAGUUAAGAAAUUACAUAGACGCAAUUCUAAUCAAAGUUUAAUGCUAAGUACGCACAGUCUUCAGGGCUCGAAUUGUUCUCUCAGUAGCGCGGGAGCUUCGUGUCAUAAUUUAGCGACAGUUAGAACGAGUAUAUCGAAUUUUAGUUUAAAUAACGACAGUAGACAAAAGAAGUUUUCUCUAGAAAGGCGAGAUUCGAGCGCCUCCAUCAACCCUAGUGAACAUUUAACGCCAACCACGAGAGUGAUAUGUUCGUCUAAUACGAAUUUGUCUGGCGAAGUUUCUAAAAAUUGUCUGUUACAACGUCGAGGCUCAAACAAUAGUCUUACCUUAAAUAUAUUAUCUUCAAAUAACCUUAGUCGACAUUCGAGUAACAGUUCUCUGAACAAGGAAGCUAAACUUGGCCAAAAAAAGGGUUUAUUGGAGAGGAGAAGCUCUAAUACGUCUCUUACUCUGAAUAUUAACACUUCGAAUCCUCAACUAUCAACUAAUCGUGGUUUAAGCAUAUCAAAUUAUAAUCUUAACGGCUCUACGUGUAAUCUAAGCCGCUAUAACAGCAACCAUAGUAUUGAUAAUGCUGAACCAAGAAAAGGAAUCUUGGAAAGAAGAAGUUCAAAUACCUCCCUAACUCUCAACAUCCAACCUCAAGAGCCCAGAGAUUUGGAAAUAGACGAGACAUUAAUUGACGCAAAUCUUAAAGAGUUACCGCACAGGGACAAACACAGGAAGUCGUUGAGUACAGAAAAUUUAAUACCGAAAUCUUAUAAAAAUAGAACAAGGUUCCGGUCAACGGAAAAGGGUUUUGGAUCACACGACAAUUUGUGGUCGGCGUCAUAUGGUGACCAAGAAUAUCCCCAGAACCUAACCUACGUUUGUGGUGAUCAAGAAAAUGAGAUUAUAUACGCAUUCGGUCGCCAAGAGGACCCAAACUUCCAACCCGGUUUCGUCCGAAAUAUUACAACGAAACCCCUGAGCCCUCAAAGUACGUCCGAAGAUUUCAGACUGUAUUUAGCCAAUAUGCAACACUUGCAGAACGCUUCGAGUGUUCUGACGAGACAACAGUUAAAAGACCUGAACAAUGUCUUCCAAAAUGGGUAUUCCAAAUUUAAAUGCUUGAGCAAAAAUGAUGGCCAACACUGUUGUUCAGGUCGCGUGGAUAUCGAUUUAGCGUCUGAGAACCCACAGAUGGCUCUGCCGGAGACGGUCGCAUCGCAACCAUGUUCUGAAUACCAGAAAAUGUUAUUGCGAAACUUACACCAAGAGUUUUGGGAUAUGCCGACGAAUUUUCAGGAGAAGCCAAUAGUGUCAGGGUCCCAUACGAAGAAUAGGUAUAAGACGAUCCUACCUAACGAACAUUCUAGAUUCAUUCUUCGAGCGGACGGUGAUAACUGCGAGGGAUAUAUAAAUGCCAAUUACAUAAAGGGGCAUGAAUACACCAAGAACAGCUACAUAGCGACUCAAGGGCCGCUUCCGAACACAUUAUACGAUUUCUGGUUAAUGGUUCGGCAGAACAACGCCGAAUUCCUCUCGCAACGUCCCCCUGGUACCACCACCGAAUACGUUCAGAAGAUAGUCAUGCUAACAAACUUCAUAGAGAACAACAGACAGAAAUGUGAAAAAUAUUUCCCGCUGGAGAUCGAUGAAGAAGUAACAAUAUCGAGUCCUGAUUGCUCGGAAGUCUGCUUCUUCUUCGAUGAUGAUAUGCCGAAGAACACGUUUAAAAUCAAGAAUAUUGGGAAGAUAAAAAAAUCUGGUUACACUAUAAGGAAAUUGGAUAUGACAUAUGUGAAUUCAAGUGGUGUUAGUGAUGCUAGUGUCACAGUGUAUCAUUAUUGGUUCCACAAUUGGGCAGAUCAUAAGUGUCCGAAGGAUGUAAACGCUUUGUUAAAUUUGAGUUUGGAUAUUUUAAGAGAAGAGUGCUACGAUUUCAGUGAGUGUAAAGACGAGAAAGACGAACAGUGUAAAUGCAGUGAUAGUCCUAAGCCCGGUUCUAAGUUCGUGUUCCCUCCGUUGGAGUCGCAGAGCAUAGCGUGUCCUGUCAAAGUUUGUGUGACGUCACCAUUGAACUUUACUGUUGAAAAUCAUUCACCACCAACGAUAAUUCACUGUUCUGCGGGUAUUGGCAGGACAGGGUGUUUGAUUGCAAUCCUUAAUGGUAUAAAGCAGUUGACAAACGAACAGAAAGUAGAUGUAUUGAGUAUUGUUUGUAAUAUGCGUUUGAAUAGAGGUGGGAUGGUACAAAACUCGGAGCAGUAUGAACUAAUACAUAAAGUAUUGUGUUUGUUCGAACACGCUUGCUUGCCCGAUUUAUAGCUAAA